GUAAAACCAUUCGCUGGCUGACAGUGAGAGGGCUCACAAUGAGCAAGACGCUGGGAGCUUGAAGCGAGUGGAUAUCGAAUUGAAAAAGAAAAACCGAUCCAAACUGGACCUGACCCGGAUCUAACAUCUCAGGUGGCUUUUGGUGUGAAGAGGAGAGAGACUGGAGAAGAAAGCGUGUUGCUGUCUUCGUUACAGACAUGCUGAACCUCCUGAAACAGCAGUUUGGAUCUGCGGGGAAGAAUCAGGAUGCCUCUGAUCUUCUCACUGAUGACCUGGCGCUGGUGGAGCAGAGGGUGGAGCCAGUCAAGAGGGCCGCCCAGGUCAUCCACAAGAGGCUGGCCAGCUGCCUGCAGAGUCAGCAGGGGGUGGACGCAGAGAAACGCACGAAAAAGCUUCCUUUAAUGAUGCUGUCCCUCAGCAUGGCAGAGAGCCUCAAGGACUUUGAUGGAGAUUCCCCCAUAAGGAAGGUUCUGGAGAUGUGUUGCUUCAUGCAGACUCUCCUGGCAAAGUCUUUAGCAGAUUUUGAACUGGUGCUUGAGAGAGAAGUUUUGGAGCCUCUCCAUAAACUCAGUGAGGAGGAUCUGCCAGAGAUUCUGAAGAACAAGAAGCUAUUUGCCAAACUGACCACCGAUUGGCUCACCGCCCGGAACAGAUCCCAGCCCAACCCUCUGGAGGUGGAGGAGGCCUGGAGGAAGCUGGAGAGCAUCAAGGACCAGUACUCUGCAGAUCUCUAUCAUUUUGCCUCUAAGGAGGAUAGCUACACUAACUACUUCAUCCGUCUGUUAGAGCUACAAGCUGACUAUCAUAAGAAUUCCCUGGACUGUCUGGAGACGAAUAUCAGAGAGAUGAAAGAAAACCAUAGCCUGUCAGGGCCCAAGCUGUGCUUCCCCUCAGGGCAGGUGUAUGGAGCCUCCCUCCUGUCCCAUCUGGAGGAGAGCAGCAGGGAGAUCGCUGCUCCCAUCCAGGAGUGCGUACGCAUGCUGCUGCAAACGGGCCUCAAAGAGGAGGGUUUGUUCAGGCUGACUGCAGCAGCCUCUGUGGUCAGAAGGCUGAAGUGCUGCUUGGACAAUGGGGACAUCGACCACAGCGAGUUCAGCUGUGAUCCUCAUGCCGUGGCAGGAGCCCUGAAGUCUUACCUCAGAGAGCUGCCAGAGCCUCUCAUGACCUUUGAACUCUACAAUGAUUGGUUAAAAGCUGCUGGGGAAAAAGACGUUGCAGACAAGUUGGAGCAGCUGAAGGGAGCGCUGAGCAAACUUCCCCCGGAGAACUACAGUAACCUCCGGUACUUGGUUCAGUUCCUCGCUCGUCUUUCAGAGCAUCAGGCUGUGAACAGGAUGAGCCCGAGUAACAUCGCCAUCGUGCUGGGACCCAACCUGCUGUGGCCUCGCACUGAGGGGGUGGACUCCCUGCAGGACAUGGCCUCGGCCUCCUCUGUGCAGGUUGUGACGGUGGUCGAGCCGUUGAUAAAGCACGCCAGCAGGCUGUUCCCUGAAGCUGUGGAUUUCGGGAUCCCAGCAGACCCGCCCUCGCCCGUGACCCCACGCUCAGAGGCUGGGACGGUCUCAGCGCCCUCCUCGCCCCCUCACACUGACAGCUCCGUGUCGACUAAGGGAACGUCUGGUCCCUUCAAUGUGCCUGGCUCACUGGGCCACCAGAACACCGUGUGGGAGAACAUAAACCUAAAUCCGACCUCUGACAAUGUCGCCCAGGAUCCUAUCCAGAACCAGAACCCAAAUCCCACCCAGACCCAGACACCGCGGUCCAACCAGCCAGACCCCGCUCCUGACCAGUCCUCUUCUGGACAAGGCGCCGCGCCACCAUUAAAAGCCAGGAGAUCCUUGCAGCACGCCAAGCCGCCACUCGGCCCGAAUAAGCCAGCGGUCCUGGGGCCUCGCCCCACCAUAAAGCCCCGGGCCCCGGCUCCACCACUUCGCCAAGGGACGGGCCCCCAGACCCAGCCGGCACCCCCAAUCGAGUCCCAGGCUUCAGCCAACAACAAGGCCAAGCCCAAAAAAGCCCCCAGGUGCCCACCCCCUCCGCCACCCCCCCAGCCACCCCAACCGGUCAGUAAGUAGCUCAAGAGCAUCCCGGGAGAUAUUUAGGGUGUAGUCACAUUUGAUGUGCAUUGUUCAAGCUACAGCGGCUUUGCGAGAAGCAAGGACUUGAGGGGCCUGUUCCUCCCCUGUUACCCCAUUCUAAAGUGAAACUAAGCAACAGCUUCUGGUGACCAGAUAGAAAUUUCCAGGGAUUUCCAGACCUCAAAACCAGAAGGUCCUUGUGGCUUUUGUCACCCCAGAUGUCCUGAUAACUCGUGCCACCGUGAAUGUGUGGCACACCUCCUGGAUUAAAGCUAGGUGACCAUUAACCUUUCCCGGACAUUUCACACGUCAGUUUUUUUUUUUUUUUGUAUUUUGAGAAUAACAUUCUCAUCUUCCUCUCUAAGCUGUGCUCCACUGUUAUUAGUAGUGUACUGUUUGCUUUACACAACGUUGCUGUACAGUUCUGGGAAAAUAUUUGGUACAGGAUGUAAAUACAAAACUGCCAAGCUUAUUAAAAACAUAAUUUUAUUAUAAUCA